AUGGAUGCUAGACCUCAGCGCCUUCGAGUUUUCCCAUCCUUCGGGAACGAAAACGUCCCCCCUGCCGCUACCGCGUCGUCUGCCCAUAUCCGCGAGAAGUCCCUCGGCGGUGCGUCAGCUAUGGUUGGCGGAUUGAAGACCGCUGCGAAGCGGACUGCCUUCGCUGAUCUUAGCAACACUGCCGCCACUCAGCCCCUCGCUACUCAAUGCGGACAGAAGAAGGGGACCAAGAACGAGGGAGUUGCCUGUGAUGUUGCUGUGGCAGGUGGAAAGGAUGCUUUCCGCCGUCCUGCUCAGCGACCUCUGAAGCCUUUGGCUGGUGUCGGAAACCAGGCGAAAGUUCCUGCGGCGGUCCAAGUAGCCCAACCCGCAGCCAAGGUGGUUGCGCCAAAGAAGGCGGCGGUCGUGAUCUAUGAGGAUAGCCAAAGCAGCAGCACAGAGCACGCCAACCCGCCUCCUGCGGUCAGCACUGUUACGAACCAGUAUAAGAUACGCCAAUACAAGAGCCACCCCCAGUUGAAGCUUGAGGCGCCUGUUCUGCGAAGGACUCAGAGUAGGCUUCUCGGAGCCCAGUCUGGGUCCCAGGUAGAUGUGCUGCCCAUCCUGGCCGACCUGACGGAGGCCUUGUACGAGGACGCAGUCGAACACCUCGUCGACCCCGAUACGCAAGCCCCGGCUGCUCCUGAGAUGGAGGAUGUAGCUCUUCCUGUGGACAGUGGUGCUAGCGCUGGUGUUCUGCUCCCCGUGGCUGCCGACGACAUCCUCGCCGAGUACCAAGAAGAGAAGGUCACCUCGGCCACGCUCAUGUCUGAGCCCGAGGAGUACUGGGAAGAGGAGGAAGAGGAAAUGUACGACGAUCAGGGUUAUACGACCGCCCAUUCGUUCCGAUCCCGCGGUGACCUGACGACAGGCGGCGUCACCACGCUUCCUUUUCCUAAGACGACGAACAAGGUUCUCCGAGAACUCGAGGCGGCUAAGGCAUUUGUGGAGAGCACACGUCCUCAGUACGACGUCGAUGAGGACGUGUGGGAUGUCAGCAUGGUCGCUGAAUAUGGCGAAGAGAUUUUCGAGUACAUGCGGGAGCUCGAGGUCCGCCUUCUUCCCAACGCCCAUUACAUGGACAUCCAGACGGAAAUCCAAUGGUCUAUGCGCUCAGUCUUGAUGGAUUGGCUUGUCCAAGUCCACAACCGCUUUAACCUCCUUCCCGAGACCUUGUUCCUUGCCGUCAAUUUUAUUGAUCGAUUCCUCUCCUACAAGGUUGUAUCCCUUGGCAAGCUGCAGCUUGUGGGUGCCACAGCUAUCCUGGUAGCCGCCAAGUACGAAGAGAUCAACUGCCCGUCGCUUCAAGAGAUCGUCUACAUGGUCGACCAGGGCUACACCAUCGGAGAGGUUAUGAAGGCCGAACGCUUCAUGCUUAGUAUGCUUGGCUUCGAGUUGGGCUGGCCUGGUCCGAUGAGUUUCCUCCGCCGCAUCAGCAAGGCUGACGACUACGAUCUCGAGACGCGCACGCUCGCCAAGUACUUCAUUGAAGUGACCAUCAUGGAUGAACGAUUCGUUGGAAGCCCUUGUAGUUUCAUCGCGGCCGGUGCUCAUUGCCUCUCGCGACUCAUGCUUCGAAAGGGAGACUGGUCCCCUGCCCACGUCCACUAUUCCGGCUACACAUGGAGUCAGCUGAAGCCGUUGCUCAACAUGCUCCUUGAUUGUUGCCAAGUGCCUCUUCAGCAUCAUGCGGCGAUUUUCGAAAAGUACAGUGAUAAGAGGUUCAAGUACUGCUCGGAGUUCGUCCAGGAUGAGAUCAAGGCGGGCUUCGAGCUUCCAAGCCAUCAGCCGAGCAUUCUGCCCUACUCAACGGUGCAGUACCGCGACACCUUUGAUGGUACUAGUGGUGUGGCGGGUAGCGACUUCAUGUAUCCCAGUGUCCAACAGGCGGCUGAGGCUUAG